AAAAAAAUUAGCAAAUACCCCCCUAUGAAAGGAAGUCAAUGACAAUAAGGACCCUACGAGCGAAUCGUGGGAUACACUCGCGGUUCAUGCAGCUGGGCGUGCGUUUUAGGAAAUUUUAGGACAGGAAAAGACAUAAAAACCCUUCAGUCUCCUUGAAUGACAAAACGACGCCCAAUUCCCAGAAUUUUUUCCAAAUAAAAUAAUAAAGACAAAAAUAAAAAAGAAAAGGGGCAAAAAAAAAGCUGUGGUUUCUUCCUUCGUUCCAUAGCUCAAGAUCUUUCAGUUUAUUGCUCAAUGAACACCGUUUAAAGCUCUAAUCAUCAGGGUUGUGAUUAAGAGAAUAAACAAGCGGGAGUGGAAGAAAGGGGGGAAAUCUUUUGGAAGGUUUUUCCGAUCAUGGCGGUGGUGGAAAAUGCGGGUGUGGACGCGGUGGCGCCGUCGAAUCGGGAUGGGCAGCACAACGACGCGGCGGCGGAUCACCAGCAGUCGACCAAAGCCGCCGCCUCUAACGGCCAAAAGUCAACUAAGCCCGCCGAUCAGAACCACCACCUGGCCCAGAAAGUAUCCAACGGCCACCACCAUCAUCAGCUGGAAAACACAAUUAACGGCGGCGGCGGCGACGACGGCCGUCAUCACGUGGAGGAGGUGAAAGUUAACGGGGGCGGCGAUGAUGGAGGAGAGGGGUUCAAGAGGGAGAUGAGGGAUUUGGAGGAAAUGCUCUCGAAAUUGAACCCCAUGGCGAAGGAAUUCGUGCCGCCAUCCAUGGCGACCGUGGUCUUCGGCGGCGGCCUCCACCAUGGGCUGAUGGUGGCGGCGCCGCCACCACAAGUGGCAGCAGCUGCGGCGGGGCAUUUUGGGGGAAAAGGUUAGGAUACGUAUUUUGGGUAUUGAGGUCUUUUUUGCUUUAUUUUUUAUUAAGGGCAAUUUUGUCAUUUCAUGUAAGUCAACGAGCCAGUGCACACAAAGGGGCGGUGGGCUGACUAAAACACAACAUAGGGGGUUAUAUGCUAAUUUUUUUUUCCGGAGGGGU